AGUCGAAUUGACCGUCGGACAAAUCUGAUACCAGAGCAGGAUGUCUGAACUGAGCGACGAGGCCAGCAGUGAGUCGGAGCAGUUAGGCGCGAGUCUGUCCGUGUGGCUGGCGGGCGGGGGAGACGCUCUGAUCGGCCCGGAGGAGCUGAACGUGCCGCUGGAUCUUCACACCGCCUGCUCCAUCGGACAGUAUGAUGUGGUGGCCGAAUGCAUCCGCAGGGGAGAUGUGGAUUUGGAUGGGAAGAACAUCGGUGGUUGGACUCCUCUGAUGUACGCUGCAUAUAUCGGUCACGAUAACAUCGCUAACCUGCUGCUGGAGACGGGCGUCAGUGUCAAGGCCACCACGUCUAAAGGACUCACACCGCUGAUGCUCGCCGCCAGCUGCGGAAACGAGAGCAUCGCCUACUUCCUACUGCAGCAAGGAGCACAGCUUGAAUGUAAGGAUGUGCGCGGAUGGACGGCUUUGCUGCUCAGUACAGCUACAGGACAUCAGCAGAUGGUCAAAUUCUUAUUAGAGCAUCACGCCAAUGCAAAUAUCAAAGAGCCGCUGUCAGGAUUCACCCCGCUCAUGGAAGCUGCUGCAUCCGGCCAUGAAAUCGUCGUUCAGUACCUGCUCAACCAUGGCGUACGAACGGAGGAGAGGAGUGUUAAGGGAGAAACGGCGAGAGCUCUGGCUAUGAUGUACGGACACACCAAAAUCGCCAGCCUCAUCGACAUGCACGUCAUGAGAGCCAAAUCAUCUCUGUAUGAGGAGCUGAGCUCGUCUGAAGAAGAGAGUACGACUCCUAGAGUCCGAUCAGCUCGCAGCAGAACCAGAGGACCCAGCAUUCACGACGGCCCUCAAGCUAUCGCACGCUUCAGAGUCAGCUCCAAACACGAGGUUCCCGUGGCUCCACCUGGAUACGUGACCUUCCGGGACGCUGGGGAUCAGAGCGAGGGAAUCUGCAAUCGUGAUGUCACUUCCCCCAUCAAUGAGCUCGACGGCCAGAGCAACAGCAGUAGAGAUGAGCUGUUCUUUGAUAACGACAUGCCCACCAUGAGGAGCAGCAGCAGCAGCAGCGAGGGUCUGUCUCAUCUCCUCGGACUCAGCAGGGAGGCGUCGCUGGAGAGCAACAAGGACUCUGAUCAAGCAAAGAGAAGAUGUCCACGUCGAUCCAAUAAACUCCAGCACUCCAAAGGCAGGAGUCCCGGUAACAGCAGCGGCAGCACCGGUUACCAUGAGGCUCCGUCUUCCUCUGGACCUCCUCCUUCAUACACUGGACCCAAGGAUCUUGCAGAGUUUCUGGAGCAGAUCGGGUUCAGUAAAUACCUUCCCCUGCUGGAGGAGCAAGACAUCGACCUGAGGAUCUUCCUCACACUUACUGAGAACGACCUCAAGGAAGUUGGCAUCACUCUGUUUGGUCCUAAAAGGAAGAUGACCUCAGCAAUAGCUCGCUGGCACAGUAAUGCACGGCCGCCCAGUGAUGUGUUAGAGCAGGCGUAUGCGGACCAACUGGAGGUCGAGAUGCAGGAAAUGGCCAUUCAGCUUCAUAAGGACACUCGCUUUUACCGACGGAGGGUGAAAAACCACCCUGAACACACAGACGGCCGCAGAGACGGGCCAGAGAGAAGAGCCGUGCCACUCAAGUUCAGAUAGAGAUGACGGGCCGAACGAGGGCCGAAGACGACGACAAGCAGGCGAAGAGCGUCUCUCACCUGUGCUCCAGUCACAUGGUACAUGCAUCAUGAGAACUGACCAAUCACAGACAGAGCUGUGUCAGACAGGGCGGAGCCAGAGGAUUUGAACUUCCUGCCAGGAAUUCAGUGCA